AUGAACGAGUUCAAUAGUAACAGAAAAGAUCGACCGGCUCUCAUAGCUUCAAAUAACAGUUCAACUCCUUCAUUAAGCAGCGGAUCAAGAUUCCUCUCUAGAAGAGUAUGGGGUAGAGCAAGCGCUACAACUAAAACUUCAACUGGUCAAGAUGAUCUAUCCUCGAUAAACUCACCAUCAUCUUCAAACUCAAAUUCAAACUCAAACUCAAAUUCAAAUUCUACUAUCAUACCUAAUAGAAAAGAUUCGUCGGAUGAUAUCAGUAAAACCCCAACUCCAACGUUUCAUUUGGAAGAAACUAUACAUUUGAUAAAUACUGAAUCAUCAAUCUCGACUCCAGAAUUGAUUGAACUUGUAAAAGCUACUUCAAUUUAUAUAACGAAUAUACAACAAGAUGAAAAGGAAAAGGAAAAAGACAAGAAAGAUGAUAUAUUUGGUGGUACAUCAAACUCAACUCCCACUGCUGAAGUCACAGGAAACAUUCCAGAUGAUAAAGAUAAGAUUUCGACUUCUAUCUCUACCGAAGACGUGAGAACAUUGUAUACAAGAGCUAUCUCAUUUUCCGAUAGAAGAACAGAAGUAUCACUUCGUAUAGCUGGAAUAAGGUUAUUGACUUCACUAAUGUCAUACUGUCCUCCUCCAAGGUAUAUAUCUGAAGAAUCGAAAAUACCUUUACCUGAUACGAUAACUAUUAGAACAAUGUAUAACCUCGUGACCGGAUCAAGUGAUGUAUCGGGAGAAGCAAAGGUCGAUCUGGUAGGAGCUCAAGUUGUCGCUCUGAACGUUUUGACUAGGAAUGGAUUCGAAGUGGAAGGACUCGCUGGGUUGAUAGGUUGGUCGAUGAGAAUGUUAGAGGAAAUCAAAUCGGAUUGGUCGAAAUGGUGCGAGAUGAAAAUUCUUGGUGGUAACGAUCUCAUCCAUAGACCGACGAGACUAAAACCAUUCGAGCCCAUCAUCCCUUAUACACCAUUAGAGGCCGCUUCAUCGAUCAUCGAUCUCGUCCAUGCCGUCUCUGACAACUUUAUAGACCUUUUUGAUCCGACAACAGAUAUCUCACGAAUCAUCCGACCGAUCUUCGCGUUUAUCAAUAAAGGUAUCGUCGCUUCCACCCCUCCCAACGAUUUGACAGGAUUGAACAUUUCGCACGGUCAUGUACCACCUCCGAACCCUUUGAGAAGAGAAUCGGUCUCUGCGGUAACGUCCUUCAAUUCUCCGAUUCCCACUGGUCAUACUGGACCUAUCUUAGAAUCAACCAUACGAAGAUCAGCUUCAAUCACAAGACGUAAAGAUAAUGUACCUUCUGCUUUCAGUACACCAUCGUCUUCACGCUUUGUUAGACAUUCGACUAUAACUUCUCCACAAUCCAUGACCUCAGCGGCUCAAUCGCCUUCACCUCAAUUUCCAUCAUCGCCCAUGCCAAAAUGGCUGUAUAUCUUACCUUCAGCUUGUGAUCUACUUGAAGUUUUCAUAGACAAUGCUGUUUUACCUCAAGAUCUUUUCAUCGACAUUAUGAGAUUCGCUUGUGUUUGUGUAGCAUGUGAUGACGAAUCAGGAUUAGCUACAGAUGCUGGUCAAGUACCGGUCCACAAAUUACUGGCUGUAAUGUUCAGAUCAAAUAAUGGAAGAAGAGGUGAAUUAGCUCUUAGGAUCAUAAUGGAACAAGCAGUUGGAGAUAACUUUAGAAGAAUCUAUGAUGGUUUAGGUGAUGCCGAUUGUAGAGUCGUUCAAGGAGCGGUCUACAUCACCAGAAGUCUUUUGCUACACCUGGACGAUCCAUCACCGAAUCCUGCUACUCUUCCUUCCGCCUCUCUUUCAACUCUUUCAUCAUCCCUUAUAGCCGCUUUGUCGACUACCCGGUUCACGAAACCUGAAGAAAGGUCCGAACGCAUAAAAUGGGAACCUGUAGACUACGCCGUUCUUACGCUUUUACAGGAUUACCUACAUCGCUUGGAACAAGGGUCAAGUAAAGAAGCGACAAAACCUGAUAUAUGGAUGGAAGGACAAGCUGCUUGUGACAUAUUGAAAGCACUAUGGCCCGCCGCCGUUCCCAACCGUAUCACCGGACUGGCAUUACAUUUACCCGAAGAGCAAUCGACUUUCUCUGCCAUCUUCGACACGGUGCUACACCAAUUACCGUCUGCUAUUGAGAAACUCUACCCAUCAGGUGCCAGCGCCCCUUCCCCUUUCUACCACCCUAAAUACAUUGAAUUGCUGUUUCACUUUGGUGACCGUAUGACGGAAGACGACGCUGCCGUUAUACUGGACUACUAUCAACGUGAAGGACUAUGUCUACCAAUGGUAGAAGGAUGGAUUGCCAAUACGUGGAAAUUAAUCGAAACUUUUUACGAGUCAUCGUUGAAUUUAGCUGGAGCAAAACAGAAACUCGCCAUGAUACUUUUCAAGGAUAUAUAUCCCUCAACCGAAGAUAUGUCUGAACCUCGAAAUGAAUUUGUCGAUGGUGUUCUGAUACCUUUCCUUGAUAAAGUUCUAUUGAAACAAACUGAAGAUUGGUUCCGACAAGAAGCGUUGGCUGUAAUGAUACGAGCUGCAGUUGCAGAAACAAUGGAGAAAGAUGAAGAAAGGCGUAGGGUAAGAGCUUCGAAAAAUGACAGUGAAGUGGAAGAAGAAGAUGCCUCAACUUUACCAAGUCAAGAAGUUAAAGAAGCCGCCGCUGGAGGAAGUUUUCAUUCUAUCCGAAAUUUGAUUAUCACCCUCGCGUCAACAGCUUGGUGCAAGGAAGAUGAUCAUGCUCAUCGAUCAAUUCCAGAGAGGAGAAGACCAAUGCAUCCACAAGCAAGAGACUCAACCACUUCAACAAAUUCAAAUACGAAUGCGAAUACCAAUUCAUCAGCUUUAAAAGGUCUGAUGAAUGUGCUCUCCCCACCGACGAGGACGAAAGAUCUACCUUCUGUCGCACCUUCAAUAGCAAGUACAGAUGAUGUGAUCCCAAGACCAUCAUCAUCUACCCAAAAUCAUAGUAGUCAUCGUAUCCCUCAUAUGGAUUGUCAAUCGCUCAGUGCUGUUUCAGCUUUGAUCAAGAUUUUCAACGAUCUGACUUUUUCACCUCCACAUUCAUUCUCAUCAACAGCUAAAGCAGCUCGUACACCCGCUUCAUCACGUUGUAUUGCGAUUUACAGAGAUUUACUUGGUCUACUCUACCCUUUCACUGAUCAUGCAAGUACAGGUGAUCAAACUCCUACUUCGAGAAUAGCAGCUGUUCCAGCAAGAUGUCCGAGAGCAAGAGUUGCUAUACUACAAUGGUUAUUACGUCUAAGAGCUGAUCCGAAACAUCGGAUAUAUCUAAGAACAAAUUUGGAUACGGCAUGUAAACCAUAUGCGGAUACUUUGUUCAGAACUCAAGAUGCUGUAGAGGCUCAAAGAACCAAAAUGCUAAAUGAUGCUGAAGAAGCUAGAGCAAGAGCAGAUAGAAGAUCACAAUCUCAACAGCAACUCAUGUCCAAUACUCGAGAAUCAGUCAGGGACAGACCAUCAACGACCACGAGAAGUAGAUCUAGAUCCAGACCUCCAAUCGAGCAGGUUACCAACACAGGAGAGACUUUUGCCCCUUUGUGGUCAAUCCCUGAAACAUUAGCUUUCGAGAUGCCGACAGACAGUUUGCCAUCUGAAGGUCUAUUAACGUAUGAUCCGAAUCAUCCCUCAUUGAGAGUCAAAGACGCUCCUCCGGUCGAAGGCGUCUGGUUACCGGUUUCAGAAUACGUUCGAGCUCUUAACGGUAUCUUGCGACACGAAACGAAUUGGGAACUUGUAUCGUAUGUCUUGUGCUUCUUGCCAUCACAAUUAGGAAACAAAUUGUUCUUCCGAGGGGGAAGAGCUACAACAGAAGUAAAAGCUUUAUUGAAAGCUUUGAUCGAUAUUAUACCUCAAGAUGAUCGCAUUGAAAGAAGAUGUAAAUUUCAAACAUUCAUUAAACGACCAAAUGUCAAUUCAGCUGUAUAUCAGUCUUUAUCGAUAUUGAUUGCUUAUCGAGAUGUUCUGGACCCACACGAGUGUGAUUCCUUAAUCGCAGCAUUCGAAAUGUGUCUAGAGUCGAAUACAGUUGUGGCAAAACCUUGUAUUCAAGCUUUGACACUAUCAAUAUUUGAAUUGGAACAACAUUUAGGUAAAAGACUAUUAUCGAUAAUUGGGAAAUUAAGAGAUAUCAAUUUCACAUCGGGAAUAGCUGUUCAUCUAUUAGAAUUCUUAUUGGCAUUAGGAGAUAAAGGUAACCUAUUCAAGAAUUUCACUGAUGCUCAUUACAAAGAUGUUUUCACUCUAGUCAUUGACUAUAUAGCAGAACACAAUGCCAGAUCGGAUCAAUCACCUGAUUUGGAAAUUUCAUCAGCAAGAGAAAACUAUACUUUAUCGCAACAUGUUAUUGGAUUAGCAUAUCAUGCUAUAUACGUUUGGUUCAUGGCUUUGAAACUUUCAAUAAGACCUGAUUUAGUCAAGCAUAUCAUAACGAAAUUAUUACAAUCAAGAUCUAAACGAGUUGUUGUGGAUGAAAUGGCUGAAGUUUGUUUAGAUUGGUUAGCGAGAUAUACUUAUGGAAACGCAGAUCCAAAACCUGCUACUUCAUUCUUAUCCGAAAUGGUACUAUCAAGAUCAAGUGCCGAUUCAAAUACAGAUACAAUUACAAACACAAAUUCGAACACGAAUUCAAACUCAGCCCCAAGUGGUAGUCAUGAUGCAGAAAAACCAAAAACUCAAUCUUGGUUAUUAGGUGGUUGUAUAAUCACUAUAACAUCAAAUUCAAGAACGGGUUGGGCAACUAUAACUUCAACCAGACCUACAGGUGCCACUGAGAUUAUUGCAAAACUUGAGAAUGUACCUUUACUCAAUUUGGGUGAGACAAAUGCAGAUUUAAUCAGUCUUCCUGCUGUCCUUAUGAGCAAUAGAGGUUUGAUAAUGGAUGCUCAAGCUUCGAAAGAUGAGGCAACUGAGAUUGUUAGACAACAACCAACGACGCCAACACUAGAAGAACCCGACCCAUCUGCUCAACAUGGUUAUAUUUGGUCAGGAGCGACACCUUCGCAAAGACGGAAAGAUGUGUCCAUCGAUCCUGCUUAUUUAGCCGUGGAACUACUUUCUUCGUAUCCCAAUGCCAAUCUGGAAACACCAAGAGGCCGACUAAUACCUAAUGAAGAAAAGUAUUUAAGGGCCCUGCGCAACAUCGAGAUGACACCUGUUAUUGAUGCGUUAAAAUUAGGAGUUUUAUAUGUUGGUCGAGGACAAACCACUGAAACUGAAAUAUUGGGAAAUAUCGAUGGGUCAUCUUUGUAUCUUGACUUCCUUGCUGGGUUAGGGAGACUAAUCAGACUAAAAGGACAAGUCGACGUAUUCGUGGGUGGACUCAAUAGAGAAGAUGAUUCAGAUGGUGAAUACGCCUAUGCCUGGUGGGAUGAUUUGACUCAAACUGUAUUCCACACCACGACGAUGAUGCCGAAUUCACCUAACGAUCCGACGUUCUCCAGAAAGAAAAGAUUGAUAGGAAACGAUUAUGUCAAGAUAAUCUAUAAUGAUUCAGGACAAGAUUUCAAAUUUGAUACGAUAUCAACAUCAUUCAAUUUCAUCAAUAUAGUGAUAUCACCACAUACCACACCUGAAUCGCAUGGACCUCAACCUCAAAUAACAGUAUUGCCGACUGAUCCAUGGGCUGUUUGGGGUAGAGAUGAUUAUUUCAAAGUGAUCAUUCAAAAGAUUAAUGGUAUACCAGAUUUCUCACCUAUCGGUGAACAGAAGAUUGUAUCAAAACAGACUUUACCUUUUUUCGUCAGGCAUGUUGCACAUCUAGCAAAUGAUAUGGCAGUCAGAUACACUCAUAUUAGAGAUGCUAAAAACCCAGAACAGGCAGAAUAUAUCACCUCUUGGAGAAGUAGAUUAAGAGCUAUGAAUCGAUUGAGAUCUACCCUACCACAAGUGGAAACAGUCGAUCCGAAUGACGAAGCUAAGAAAGAAGAAUUAUUAAGAGAGUGA